AUGCGUUUCUUCUCUACCAUCGCUGCAGCACUUGCUGUCGUCGCCGGCGUCUCGGCUGUCGAUAUCCAAAAGUCUGUCAUCGUCAGCUUCCCGAGCGGAACUACCGACGACAUCGUCAACCGCGCAAAGGAUGAUAUCCGAAAGGCGGGUGGCGUGAUCACCCACGAGUACCAACUUAUCAAGGGCUUCGCAGCUAAGGCACCGCAGAAGAUCCUCGAGACGGUCUCAGCCUGGAGUGCCGAGUACAACGCUGUCAUCGAGGAGGAUCAGGUGGUCCAGAUCUCCAAGGGCGAGAAUUAA